GAAUGCAGCUUCUACUACUUUCCCUUUGUAGUAUUGGAAGAAACAAGUUGGACUCUCUCUGAACCCAUCUUCCCGGAAACACACCGCCGGAGCUCCGCAUCGACCGCCGCCAGAAACACCGACAAACUCCUCCAGGUUUUUCUUCUUCCUCGAUUUCGAUUCCACCGCGAUCAGAAACAUAGCGCUUUUUAGCGCCCUAAAACUGAAACCAACUAGAUUCCUCAAUUUUGCUAUUGCUAUUUCUACUUCACGAUUUACUUCAAUGAAACAAAUCAACACUGAAUCUGAUGAACCCUACAUCACUGAUAAUUCAAUUUCAUCAAUAAGUGUUAAAUCUACCCCUGAAAUUGAAAAAAAGUUUGUUCAUCAUGUUUAUGAUGCAAUUGCCCCUCAUUUUAGUUCAACUCGCUUCGCGAAAUGGCCGAAAGUUGCUGAUUUUUUGUCGUCGUUGCCUUCGGGAUCUUUAAUUCUCGAUGCAGGAUGUGGGAAUGGGAAAUAUUUAGGGUUUAAUCAAGAUUGUUUUUUUAUAGGAUGUGAUAUUAGUCCUUCUUUGAUUAAGAUAUGUUUGGAUAGAGGAAAUGAAGUUCUUGUUGCAGAUGCUGUGAAUCUUCCUUAUAGAACUGGUUUUGGUGAUGCUGCAAUAUCUAUUGCUGUGUUGCAUCAUUUGAGUACUGAGAAUAGACGGCGAAAAGCGAUUGAAGAGCUUGUUAGAGUUGUUAAGAAGGGUGGACUUGUUUUGAUUACAGUUUGGGCUGUUGAACAAGAGGAUCGGUCGUUGCUUAAUAAAUGGACUCCGCUUGCUGAUAAAUAUGUUGAAGAGUGGCAAGGACCGGGAAGUCCACGUGCUACUCGGGUACCUUCGUCGUUGUCGUUAGAAAGUAUUCCGGAAAGUGAGGAGAGUAGUUUGGGUGGUGAGAAUGUGAAAGUUAGCAAUGAGUCUGAAAUUUUGGGAGAUUUGAAGGAAGAAAAGAAUGUGAAGAAUCAACAGGAAUAUUUUGUUCCUUGGCAUUUGCCUUAUCAUCGUGCUGAAGUCGGUGGCGCUUCUGCUCAUGCUUUGGCUACCGGUCUUGCUACUAAAGAUGACGUAAAGGGUGCUGUAGUGUAUAAUAGAUAUUAUCAUGUUUUUAGUGAAGGCGAGCUUGAAAGCUUGACAAAUGGAAUAAGCAAUGCUAGAGUUGUUGAUCAGUUUUUUGAUAAAUCCAACUGGUGUAUUAUUCUAGAGAAGACAUCAUAACAAAGAAAGAAUCCUCAGUUAUAUGUCAGAGAACAAAACUUGGCCACUGCUCGCUCCCUUGACCAACUUAUCAUACCCGAGUGAGUAUAGUAGGCCAAAGAAUAACAGAAAAAUGGUCAGCUGCAGAACUCAGACUGUGUUAAUUUUCUGAGCUUAUCGUCCAAAUCAGGCUUAGUGUUUUUAUUAUUCUUGCCUUUUCAAUUUGCAAAACCCAAUUUUGGUUGUAACUUGUAAUGUUAAAGCAGGAAGGACAGCACUGUUAUGAGUAUGCUGGCGUUGUUGCUGGGUACAAUGCUGAACAUGCUUUAGCCACAUUCAAAAUAGGCGCAAAUGUGCAAUUACAAUGUUUUGGACUAUUUAUGGUUGGAUCAGUCUAUUUUGUCAUCAAUUGCAUUA